ACCUGCGCCAGCUGCUUCUCCUGACCUGAACAGACCGUUUUAUUUAUAAAAUUAGCCGUAUAAACGUUACAAUUUUGAUAUGAUUCCCGUCAAAAUGCUUCAUGGAAUCGAUACGGCACCUUCCUGAGAUCUGAUCAUGACAGAAGAAUCGUUUUAAACGGCGGGAGGAUCGAAGGACUGACUUUAAUGUCAGAUUGAGACUAGAUGAACCAUGCCUGGGAAGUUAAAGGCGAAGAUUGUCGCAGGGCGGCACCUGCCCGUCAUGGACCGCGCCAGCGAUCUCACGGACGCCUUUGUGGAGGUGAAGUUUGGAAACACAACAUUUAAAACUGAUGUGUACCCCAAGUCCCUGAACCCUCAGUGGAAUUCUGAAUGGUUCAAGUUUGAGGUGGAUGACAAGGAUUUACAAGACGAGCCAUUGCAGAUAACAGUUCUUGACCAUGACAUAUACAGCGCUAAUGAUGCCAUAGGAAAGGUGUACAUUGACAUAGAUCCCUUACUCUGUAGUGAAGCAGCAACUGUCAUCUCUGGCUGGCUCCCUAUCUAUGACACAAUUCAUGGUAUAAGAGGGGAAAUCAAUGUGCUGGUGAAGGUGGAUCUCUUUAAUGACCUGAACCGCUUCAGGCAGUCCUCAUGUGGGGUUAAAUUCUUCUGUACAACCUCAAUUCCUCGAUGUUACCGAGCCGUGAUGGUUCAUGGUUUUGUAGAGGAGCUUGUGGUGAAUGAGGAUCCAGAGUACCAGUGGAUUGACCGCAUCAGAACCCCUCGUGCAUCCAACGAGGCCCGACAGAGACUCAUCUUUCUCAUGUCAGGUGAAUUGCAGAGGAAGAUUGGUCUUAAGGUCCUGGAGAUGGGAGGGAAUGCAGUGGUGGGGUACCUGCAGUGUUUCGACCUGGAAGGAGAAUCAGGCCUCGUGGUCCGUGCCAUCGGGACAGCCUGCACACUGGAGAAAAUUAGCACCCUUACUUCUGCCUCAACCACACACCCCAGCAACUCCUCUCCUUCAAAAGACAUGAAAGACUCUCCACAGGCUGCACCUUCCACUCUCGGAUGUCGUUCCACACACAGCAGUCCAGUUCACAGCGCAAGCAGUCGUCUUUCUCAGGGCUUCUCUGUUUCUGUGCCAACACUGCUGUUCGCCGGUAUGAAACCCAGACACAAGAGCUCAAAAGCCCCCAGAGCCAGGCAGUGUAGGCCAAUUUUUGGGGAGGAGGCCCCAGGCAUCCCAUUAUUCUCUGGACCCCCAACCCCUCUGAGAGCACAAACCUUCUCUUCCUUCUCCCCCUCCAAGUCCUACAGUCGCCAGUCCUCCUCUUCAGACACCGAGCUCAGCCUCACCCCCAAAACUGCGAGGAUAUAUCUGUCUCCUAGUUCUCCUGCUCUUGAGUCUGAAUCAUCUCCUCUCCCCUCUGCCUAUCUGCCCCGCCACUUAUGGCCAGGGAUGGCCUCCAGGAGUACAACUCCUCCCCCACUCCAUGUCAGCCAAUCAGACACAGCCAUGCUGAGAAAGAGCGUAUCUUUCAGUGAGGAACUGCUGUUGGCGGCUUCUGGAAUGGGCAGUGGCGGCAGUACAGGGAAGGACACGGGGCCUUUGAAAGCUCUUCUGAGGCAGCAGACCCAAUCCGCUUUGGAGCAGAGAGAAUACCCUUUCUUUACGUUGACCUCCUUCCCUCCUGGAUUUCUCCUUCAUGUAGGGGGUGUGGUCAGUGCCCGGUCUGUGAAGCUCCUUGAUCGAAUCCACAACCCAGACGAGCCGGAGACACGAGAUGCCUGGUGGGAGGAGAUCCGUCAGGAAAUAAAGUGUCAUGCCAAAGCUCUCGGCUGCCAUGCUGUGGUUGGGUACAGCGAAUCCACCAGCAUCUGUGAGGAGGUGUGCAUUCUGUCUGCGUCGGGCACCGCGGUGAUCCUCAGCUCCCGAUUCAUGCAGGACGGCCCACUGGACACCGAACACAGGUUGUCACGGCAACCCCUUGUCUUUUCUACCGGGGCAGAGAGGGUCGAGGGGGAUAUGGGUAGUUCAAUCUCAUUAGGAUUUGAGGAGGUGGCGCCCCCUGGCUGUGGCUUCUGUCACAUACCGUACGAUGAGUUGAAUAUACCAUUUCCUGCUCAGCUCACUAACUGCUACUGCUGUCGCCGCUACAAAGUGCCCGAUGUUCUCUUCACCACAAUUGACCUGCCGACUGAAGCCAACAUCACCGGCAAGGGCUGCCUCAUUCAAGCCAGGCUUUGUCGGACUAAAAAGAAGGCCCAGGGGGAGGGUAACGCCACGGCCAUUAGCAACCUUCUUCCAUUUCUAGAGUACGAGCUCCACACACAGCUGAUGAACAAGCUGAAGCUACGGGGCAUGAACGCUCUGUUCGGUAUGCGCAUCCAGAUCAGCGUGGGAGAGACCAUGCUGUUAGGACUGGCGUCUGCCACAGGAGUCUAUCUGACAGCGUUACCCAGUCCGGGAGGAAUCCAGAUAGCAGGAAAAACUCCCAGCGACAUCACAUACGAGCAGCACAUCUACAAUAUGCAAAAGAAAAUCAAUGACACCAUUGCUAAAAACAAAGAAAUAUAUGAAGUCAAUCCACCUGAGGUUGUGGAAGAGAUAAUUGGUUCACCGAUCCCUGAGCCCCGGCAGAGGUCCCGCCUCUUCCGCUCUCACUCGGAGAGCUCAGAUGAGGUGUCGGAACUAGACUUAUCCUAUGGAAAGAAGGAUGCCUUUGUACUGGAGAUUGAUGACACGGACGCUGUGGAAGAUAUACAUGCACUUCUGACUGAUGUCCCUACGCCACCAGGAUUCUACAGCUGCAACACUGAAAUCAUGCCUGGGAUUCAGAACUGGACUUCAGCUAUACAGAUGUUUACCUCUGUGAGGGUCUUCCGCCUUAACGCCAACCUAACCAAUCAGGGACUGAAUAAGAUUUUCAGUGACCUCUGUGAGAACCUGCUUAAGAGUUUUUACUUCAAACUGCGGUCGAUGGUCCCCUGCUGUCUUUGUCACCUGAACUUCACAGUGGCCAUACCUGAAGAUGAGCUCAUACAGGUGGCGGUGACAGCUGUUGCAAUGAGUUUUAACAAAGAGCAGACUCUUGAGAAUGGAAGACAAAGUGGGGACAAGACCCUGAUAAAGGCAAUAACAGAAAAUGACGAGCAACUUCAGUUCAGUCUGGAGCUCAAUGCGGAGUUGUCUUCUCCAAACCCUCUCAGCUCCACCAAAGGUCUAUCAGAUGUUUUGGGCAGCCAUCUGUCGGCCAGAGCCCCCUCAGUUGAUUACAGUUCCUUUGCAGACAGAUGCAGCUCCUGGAUAGAGCAGCUUAGACUGAAAGCUCACACCAUAAGACGUGGAUCAGUUAAAACAACAUCUUCUCUGGAGAAGGCCAGCCCGUUGCCGGAAGGUCACUCUCGUUCUCUUCGGAGGAAUCGCUCCUACUCUGGCAGUUCUGUCACAGUGGUCAAAAUGACUCCCCUCUCUUUACUUCCUGGAGCAAAGAUCAUCAAAUAUCUUGGCAUCAUCAACAUGUUCUUCAUUAGAGAGACCACCUCACUGAGAGAGGAGGGAGGUGUGAGUGGGUUUCUUCAUACAUUCAUAGCUGAAGUAUUUGCAAUGGUUCGCGCCCACGUUGCUGCUCUUGGAGGAAACGCUGUCGUCUCCUACAGCAUGAAGGAGUGUGUGUUUAUGGAGAACCCUAACAAGAACCAGGCGCAGUGCCUAAUAAACGUUAGCGGGGAUGCUGUUAUCUUUGUUCGAGAAUCCGAACUUGAGGCGACUUCAGUACAGCCACAGUCGGCGACCACACAGACCUCCAAUGGUGGGGAGGGAACGUGAACCCUCAUACACACACACACCAAAAAAAACCUCUAAGUAUGCUAGUCUUAACCAGAACCAUGCCAUCUUAUGCCAUAUGAAGCUGGUUCACGUUAAAACUGCUGUACCAACCAAACUAUAAUAAAUCCAAAAAUAAGUUAAAGCUAGACACGUGUAUGAUCUCUUUGCGACCUGAUUGGUUAGUUCUCUAGAGUGUCAUAUUUUAGCCCAUUAAUGGAAUAAUCUUUUAAAAUCCCUCCAUCAGAAGCCUUUCAAAAAGGAUGUCUGCCAUUGUUCAUUUUGUUCGCAUGAGGCUGCGGCAGCUACAAAUUCAAAAGGUCUAUAGAGUGUCUGUGUGAUUGUAAAAAGUUGCUAAAUCUGUCAACAUCUCUAUAAGUGGCCAUGUUUUGUAUUUCAGUAUUGGAAUAAACUACUGAGGCACUCGCCGUUCGGGAUUUUAAAUACUGAACCUGUCAUUCUGGUUUCAAGUUAGACAUUUCUUGUCACAUCCUACUGAUUUUUUUUUUUUUAUAAUCAUGUCAAAUGCUGGAAAUGUGUUUGCUUGCUUUCAUGUGCCACAAUAUGUGCUUUUUUGUUUAUCAAAAUGUUUAGGCCAGACUUCUGUGAGGCUGGUCCUGUUUCCUUGCAUGUGCAAUGCCAGUUAAUCAAUAAGAUAAAGAGAUAUUUUAGGGGUAGAGGCAUGCUCACAAUGAACUGCCCGUGGGACACAUGAAUGUACAGAAGACUGGGAUAGAGAGGAGACUAAAGACUGGUUGAGGUGGGCGGCUUGUUGAGUCUUCCGCUCCCUUGUUGACUGACUUUUAUUGCUAUUAUUUUGUAUAUGUGUUUGCCUGAGGACAUAUCAAAAUUGCACAUUAAUACGAUAUAAUUAAAUAAAACUCUUAUGGCUCUGG